AUCUUUCCAGUUUACAAAGAGACAACGACCUGAAAGGACGUACUCGCGAAGAGAAGAUCGUGCGCAUUGAAACUACCGAUGUUUGUGUGUCCUGGAUGCGUAAGAGGGACAUGCAUAUACUGAGCGCCGGUAUCCUGAUGUACACCUCGGAUCUGAGGUUCCAAGUGAUCCAUCCGGACAAGUCUGAGAACUGGACGCUGCAGAUCAAGUCGCCCCAAGAACGGGACUCCGGGGUUUACGAGUGCCAGGUCAGCACCGAGCCGAAGAUGUCGUUGAACUACAGCCUCAACGUGGUCGGUAUUCCUGUGUUAUUCCGUCUCAGACGCGUUUCGCUCGAGAAGAGGAGAUCAGGCUGCUCGACGCCUGACAGUGAUAGAAAAAUCGACGAUGCUGAUCAAAAUUUCAACGACUCGCUCCACCAUGGAAAUCCUAUUCCUUUUCGUUUAUACGCUCUCAGGACAAUAAUUGAGAGAUGUACUGAAAGCUGAGAAAAUGUUGCAAUUUGGGACAAAA